CGUCUCCCUGCCGCCCUGCCCAGGGGCGAGCCAGGGUCCAUCGGCUAACCAGUCCAAAUCUUGGCGUUGCCCCACUCUUCCACCAUCGAAAACGGUGGUGGAGUUGGCUGACUCCGUCAUCAUGCAGCCCCAACCCCGAAUAUCGUCGUCUUCAAACAACCUCGUCGAAGCCAUCUACACGGUAGCCACAUCGGCGUCAUCUGCAUCGCCGCAGUUCCAGGAAUUUUGCAGCCCACUCGAUAUUCAGCAUGGCGUCCUCCUCUACGCCAGCGACGCCGCUGCUCUACGCCUGCAUAGCGCACAACACGACCAUCCUCACGGAAUGCACCACCUCGGCCGCCUCGCAGGCCUCCUCCCUCGCGUCCCUCAUCCUCCCGAAGAUUGACCACUCCAGCCCGCAAAAACUCACCUACACCCACGGCAGCCACCACAUCCACUACAUCGCCUCGGCGCCGUCGGAGCACCCGCCGGCCGAGGCCAGCGCCGGCGGGCUGACGUACCUGGUGAUCUGCGACGCGGCGGCCGUGAGCCGGCACGUGGCGUUUAGCUUCCUGGUGGAGCUGCGGCGGCGCUUCCACGAGCCGUCGCCGACGCCCUCGCGCGCGGGCGCGGGCGCGGGCGCGGCCCACUUCCCCACCGCGACCACCGACUUCGCCGACCUGCCGCACUACGGCGCGGCCGCGUUCAACGCCGAGCUGCGCGCGCUGAUGGUCGAGUACGGCGGCACGGCGGCGGGGCGCGGCGGACGCGACGACGCCUUCGGCCACGUCCGCCGCGAGAUCGACGACGUGCGCGGCAUCAUGACCCGCAACAUCGAGGGCCUGCUCGAGCGGGGCGACAGGAUUGAUCUGCUCGUCGACAAGACGGAUCGGUUGGGGGGCAGCGCGAGGGAGUUUCGGGUGCGCAGUAGGGGGCUGAAGAGGAGGAUGUGGUGGAAGAAUGUCAAGCUCAUGAGCUUGUUGGUGUUUGUCGUGGUGUUGAUCUUGGUGACGAUUGUGGUGUCGGUGAAGAGCAGCGUGUAGGGGGGCGCGGCAUCUUGGGCUUGCUUUGAUUGGUUUCUGGCGUUCUAGGACUGUUGAUGGGACUACCCAGGAAUAUGCUGUAUAUCCGUUAAGCGUAACGGUUGGAGUUUUGGUUUCCGUUCCUGUAUUGCACACUAUCCCAGAGCCUCGACUUCUCUUGAAUUUGAACAUACGCAAGACAGCAUCCCUCUCAGUCCGCACACCAAAUCCUCCGUAGUUUGUUCAAGCAGAGGGCGCAGGAAGGCUCGACGCCAACAACUCUUGAAAUUAACUAUCAAACAAUGCCAUCCCACCCGCUUUCACCCCCCUCAAUAAUUCAUACAGCUGCCCC